CUUUGUUUUAUUAUUUUCUUUAUUUAUAUCACCAAACAUUUUGCUUAUUUUUAUACAUUAAUUAUAAUAAUAUAUAUAGGAAACUACAGCUUGGCAAAUUUGUUCAUCCCAAGAAAGUCUUCAAUAAUCAUACCCUCGCUCUCUAUGGACUGAAAAAGUCUAUAUCUGUGUGUAUAGCUUCAAAGAGGACUAAUUAAAAUGAAGUAAUGUAACAUUUUGUCGCUAGGCUUUCUAUAUAGCGAGGUAUACAGUAUGAAAUUCAAGCAAGAUCUGCUUCCCAAGUUUUCAUCGAAAGCAGUGAGAGGCCUUCUUUCUUGAACUCCUUAAUUCCCUUCUUCACGAGAUCCAAUCUCUCAGGCUCAAACCCACGGAAGGAGGAGGCGGUAGAAGAUGGCAUCGUCGUCGUCAAAUUCGCCGUGUGCAGCCUGUAAGUUUCUGCGUCGCAAGUGCCAGCCAGAGUGCGUAUUUGCUCCGUACUUCCCACCGGACCAGCCCCAGAAGUUUGCAAAUGUUCACAAAGUUUUUGGGGCGAGCAACGUGACCAAGCUGCUUAACGAGUUGCACCCCCACCAGCGUGAGGACGCCGUCAAUUCUCUUGCCUACGAGGCUGACAUGCGCCUCCGUGAUCCAGUCUACGGUUGCGUCGGAGUCAUCUCUCUUCUCCAACACCAACUCCGCCAGCUUCAGAUGGAUCUAACCUGCGCCAAAUCUGAACUCUCGAAAUACCAAAACCUCCAGGGAAUCACUAGCCACGGACUUAUAGCUGCUGCCGCCGCAGCAGCCGCCAGCCACCACAGUAACAACAUUCUUAAUAAUCAAUAUAACUUUUUGUCCUCGUCCCGGGAGAGGGAGAGAGACAUCAAUCUCAUCUCUAGUACCACCACUGGCAUUGGCAUUGGCACCGGAGGGGGAGGAGGAGGCCGCGGAUCAGCAGACCAAUAUAAUAGUAUAUCACACCACCAGUUCUUCCCCAGAGAUCAGCAACAACAACAGAUGAUCAGGACAUUUGAUCAGGCGGCUGCGGGAAACAUUAACUAUGAUGCAAGCAGCCUUUUGGCCAUGAACGUCUCAGCCGGCAUUCCAUUUCAGCAACCUAGGGCUGCUGCUGGGGAUGACCGCCGAACCAUUGAUCCCUCUUAGCUACUUGCCUACCUAUUGUUACUUCCUCUAUUAAUUUCCAUACUUUCAAGUUUCGACCACUUAAACCAAAUGCAUCAAAUUAAUUAAGGUACACUAUUUAAUUAAAUUUUACACUCUUAGCUACCUAGCUAUAGCUGCAUGCUUCUAUCUAUGAUCAAUAUUCAUCAUAUAUAUUUUUGUUACUGUCAGUGUUUUUCCUAGCUAGUUUUUGGGUUUGAAUGACACUAUACUUAUAUAUCUAUGAUAAAUUCUUGCAUUAUAGCU